UGAACAAGACACAACUGGAAGUGGCUUUCGAUGAUGAAAGUACUUAAGAGGAUUCCUUUAUUCCAAACAAACCUGUCAUUUGCAAGAACAUAUAUCAACACGAACCUUAAACCACCCAAAGCGAACCAAAAUCUUAAAAGAUAUCUCAACUCCAAUUGCUACACCAAAGCCAUCCUAUUCUUUAGAGAAUUACUAAGGCACAGUUCAUCAUCUAUUGACAGCUUCUCUUUCCUUUUUGUCUUAAAAGCUUGCACCAAAAAGCCUUUCUCACUUGAAGGCAAACAGUUACAUACGCAACUAAUAAAAUAUGGGUUUCGCUCCAUCAUUCACCUGCAGACAGUACUUGUUAAAUUCUACGCGGUAUCAGGUAAUCUUCUCGAUGCACACCACGUGUUUGAUGAAAUAUCCAGUAGGAAUAUUGUUUCCUGGACUACCUUAAUUUCGGCUUAUGUUGUCAACCAGAAGCCCCAAAAGGCUUUAGAGUUGUUCAGGAAGAUGCAGACGCUUAAUGUGGAAACUGACCAAGUGACACUGACGGUUGCUCUCUCUGCGUGUGCUGAUCUCGGUGCGUUAGAAAUGGGAGAGUGGAUCCACACAUACGUUAGGCGAAAACCGGAGCUCGAGGCAGACUUGAGCCUUAACAACGCUUUCAUUAACAUGUAUGCGAAAUGUGGCGAGGUACAAACUGCGAGGAAACUGUUUGAUAGCUUAGGGGAAAAGGAUGUGACAACUUGGACUUCCAUGAUCGUGGGGCAUGCAUUGCAUGGACAAGCAAGUGAAGCUCUUGAGCUUUUUGGUGAAAUGGAAGAAAUAAAACAGAAGAAUAGCAAGAAUAAGGAAGAGGGUAACUGUGGAAGCUCGAUAAUUCUUCCCAACGAUGUUACUUUUAUCGGGGUUUUGAUGGCGUGUAGCCAUGGAGGAAUGGUUGAGAAAGGAAAGGAAUAUUAUCAAAGUAUGAUUGAAGAUUAUGGUUUGAAGCCUCGAGACCUUCAUUUCGGUUGCAUGGUCGAUCUUUUUUGCCGAGCUGGGCUGCUAAAAGAAGCUUAUCAUUUCAUUACCGAGAUGCCUGGCCUGGAUAAUGCAGUGUUGUGGAGGACAUUGUUGGGAGCUUGUAGCAUCAAUGGAGAAAUAGAGCUUGGUGAAAAAGUUAAGCUGCAAUUGCUGGAGCUGGAGCCUGGAUAUGUUGGGGACAAUGUUGCAAUGUCCAAUAUCUAUGCUGCCAAAGGGAUGUGGGAUAAGAAAGUGAAAGUUAGAGAUCAGAUAAAGCAGCUGAGAAGGGCUCCUGGGUGUAGUUCUAUCGAGGUGGCUAGUGAAAUCAGUGAAUUCGUCUCCGUGGAUGAUGAUCAUCCUUUAAAGGACGAGAUAUACGAAGCCCUCAACUACUUGACUGUCAGCAUGAAAACAUACGACUACUCUCUCCGAAUAUCCAUCCUGUCUGAGUUUUGACCCCAAAAAAUGUUCCAAACUGUAAGUCUGUGUGCUACAUUAUCAUGAUUGUGGAAGUAACGGAUGUUGCAGGCAAUAAAUUAUUUAAAUUUC